CGAACGACGCUCUGCUCAGAGAGACAGCGGCAUCGUUAACCGGCGUCAAAUUUAAUUCAAAUCAGAAAGAAUGACAGUUCAAUGAAAUCGUUCUAGUUCAAUUAGGGUCCCUUUCAGUUGGCGACACUGUACAAUUCAGAAAUUGUCAGUCAGUGACACUAGAAAGAGUUUGUAGAUUGUGAAGUGGGAUUUCGAACUGUUUCAAGAAAUAAGUGUUGAUUAAAAUUUGAGGAUUUUUGUGCCAUCAAAAUGAAGUUUAACAAACAAGUUCUGGACGUUAAUAAGGUAAUCGCCAAUCUCCUACAGGCCGGGAAGAAGAAAUCUGAGAAGCAAAGGAAAAAACUCGUUGGAAACCAUCUGUCUGCUAUUGGCAUAUAAAAUAAAAUAUCCCAAUAACUUUUUCCUUUUACGAGGUAACCACGAAUGUGCCAGUAUCAAUAGGAUUUACGGUUUCUAUGAUGAAUGUAAACGAAGAUUCACAAUAAAACUAUGGAAAACUUUCACAGAUCUCUUCAAUUGUCUACCUGUUGCUGCACUAAUAGAAGGCACAAUAUUCUGUAUGCAUGGGGGUCUAUCACCACAAUUGGUUGAUCUGAACCAGAUUCGCACAAUUCCAAGGCCACUAGAUGUACCGGAGAGUGGUUUAGUCUGUGAUUUAUUAUGGGGAGAUCCAGAUGAGGGUGUGAUAGGCUGGGGCCAGAAUGACCGCGGUGUGUCGUAUGUGUUCGGAGGCGACGUAGUGCGCAGUUUUCUGCGCAGACACGACUGUUCGCUGAUCGUGCGCGCGCAUCAGGUGGUUGAAGAUGGCUACCAGUUCUUCUGCAGACGCGGUCUGCUCACACUGUUCUCGGCGCCCAACUACUGCGGCGAGUUUGACAACGCCGGUGCUGUAAUGAGUGUUUCCGACGACCUCACAUGUUGUUUCAGCAUAUUGCCGCCUGAGAAGAAGAAGAUCAUCAAGUACAAAUGAGAUCUCUACGACUGUGAUAAUUAUAUUGUACUAUAAUAUUAAGAUUUUACUAAAAAGUUACCAUAAUGCUAUCGCCAUAAUUUUCAUAGUAACCGUGUUACCAUAUAAAAAGAACGUUACCAAACAUUUAUCAAUUUCCAAAUUAAUGAUGGAAAUGAAAUAAUUAUUUUCAAACAAACCAGAUUAAUUAUUCAGUCUUACCAGAACGAAUAUUGUUGUCUUCCCACAUGGAUAUGACUCUAUCACUGUAAACAUUAUAAAAAUUUUUUUAAUUGAAAGACUAGAGCCGCGUUUACACCAAAGCUAUUAACAAAACGUUACUAACUUAAUCCUAUGAAUUCUAUUAGAUUGAACAUAACUUAUCAUACACUUGACGAACAUAUAUGUGUUUGACAAGUUCCGUACAAUCUAAUAGAAUCUACAAGGAUUAAGUUAUUCACAUUUUGUUGAUAACUUUGGUGUAAACCCAGCUUAAGACAUUGAUGUUGUCAAUACCACUAUAUUGUCAAUACCACUCUAAUCAACGUCUUAUUCUUUCAAUUAUGGAGAAAUACUACAACAUCUCAUACCAUACAAUCAAAUUAUUACCAUAUUUUUAGUAAACGAAAUUGGGAAUAAUUGAGUUACAAUAUUCAUUACUAAAUUCUUAGCUCUAAUAAAGAUUGAUGAGUAGUCUACCUCUGUCUGUUCAAAAAUUUAUCUGAGCUAUAUUGCAAAGCUGAUACCUACAAAAAAUAUAUUUAUAAUGAAAAGGGAUAUUUUUAGGGGGAGCCCAAUAAAAACAGUGUGGGUGUAUUUCCAAAAUGCGAGUGACGAAUUGUUUAUAACAAAGUAUAAUAUUUCAAAUCAAAUCUCAUUUAUUCCAUGAAUUGCAUGAAGAAGAAAGCUUUGCAACUUAGAAUCGUCACAAUCAAUAAUAAAACACAGAACAUAUAAUAGUGCAAGGAGGAGACGUCAAUAAACAACACUGCCUCUAGGAGCACUCCCUGGAAGAAAUCGAUCAAUGAUCAAUUUAAGUUAAUUUAAAGGAAAUAUUUAUUUUAUAAUAAUUCUAUGAUAUUUAAUUCUCUUCCCCUAUUCAAUUUUUGUACAGUAGAAUAAUUGAAGGGCUCAGAGAAAUAAUAUAGUCACAAAAAGCAAAUUUUACAGGAGAACGUUUUUGAAGAAAAUGCUACAUGGACUCUGUUCAUUUUUCCUCUGACCUUGUUCGCUAUUACAUGUCAAGCCAUGAACUUUGUGCGUUACUUCUCUACUGUAUGCUAUUUCUUCUUCUGCUUAUAUCUAGGACUAUGUUCAAUAUAUCUCUGUAUCAUUUUGCAUUGCAAUAGUACAGCAUGAUAGCCACCUGUUGCAAUGAAAAUCUCAAUUUUGAAAAUCUUGGACUAUGUGCGUUAUUCCUGUGAGCCCUUCAAUUUAUUAGACUACUUAACAAUAUUCAAGCCAUUGGGAUAAUUAAAUUUAUUAAACUAUAUUGAUCGAAUAACUGUGUCCUUGUUACCGUAAGUGUUAACUAUCUAUACAUCGAAUUAUAAGGACUGCACUUUCUAAUUUCAAAUUAAUAUUCAUUAUAAACGAUUCAUCAAUUUUCUUCCAUCAAAAUUAAUAAAAUAAUUUGAUGUAAUAAUCUGUGUACUCCGAUUAAGGUUUGAAGCAGUUUUGGGAAAAUGCCUGUUUUUUUACCUGGAUUGUAUUUGCAUAUGAGUAAAUGAAUGAAUAAAAUCCUGUUUGUAAUUAUUCUGUAAAGUUCGAACAAAUAUGUUCUUCAUUGAUGAGAUAAUUUUUUCAAGUGAAAUAUUGUAAAUAAAAUAUAUUAUUCUUCAUAUCUAGGCCUAUUAUGGAUGAAUCAAGUGGGUUAACCUUGUAAAGCACCAACUUGAUCUGAUAAUUUAGAUUGAAACCUACUAUUAGGAUAUAAUUUACCAUAAGUUAUGUUAUUGUAAGAGAAUUAUAUACACGAAACAUGGAACUAUGAAUGAUUGAAUCUAGUAUGAUUAUGUGAUUUGAAAUUGUAUAUAUUUUUUAAAUAAAUUUGGAAAGAGCGGAA